AUGGCAGAUUCCAGUCAGAGAUAUCGUAUUAGAUAUUUAACACACGAUGACGAUGUAUCCAUACCACGGAACAUUAUCAGUGCUGGAAAUCGCGACAAUUAUAAAAAUGCAGUGAGGAAAGUACUGUUACUGAACUGGAGAUUUCAGGUUACGGCAUUCGCAAUCGGCAUUUUCUUAUCUCGUCUGUUUAAUGGAGACGUUGUAGGAGUUGUUGUGAUUUUUCUGAUGAUGAACAUAGCGGCUCUAACCAUCGGUGUAAUAUUUUAUAAAAGAAACUGGAAGAAUGAUGCGAAUCAUUUGGACAAUGAAUCUGUAGAAGAUGCGAUAGAUCUGGAAGAAUUCUGGGUAGCUGAGUUGGAAGAACCGGAAGGCUGGGAAAUGGUGGGAUCCAUAAGCCUCGGAGAACCUGACGAUGACAUGAAAAAAUAUAUUGUGAAUCCUCGACGAACUUUGGAGUUGAAGAGAUGGUCAAUUGCACCUGGCAAGAGGGGUAAAAAACUUGGUGCACGGCUUUUGCAACAUGCCACAGAUUACGCAUCUACAAUGAAAUACAGAGAAGUUGUGUGUUAUUGUUGGAAUGUUCAACAACGAGCUCUGAAAGUCUAUAAACGAGCUGGAUUUCAAAAGAAAAAAACGCUAAAAUACAAAUAUAUGUUUGGAUUAUUCCGAUUUAACUUGUACGUUAUGUCAAAAAAUGGCAUCAUGACUAUGAUUACAGCAACAUUCACUGCAUUAUUUGAAGGGAAUAUCAUAAUUUCUUUGAUCGCCCAGAUACUUUUUUUGUUUCUUGCAAGCAUUUUACAACUCAUCAACGAAGUAGAACAUCAGAUGAACGAUCUCAAUGAUUUUGAUGAAAUGGAAAACCGAUACGUAAAAUUUUGGGUGAUGGAACAUAUACAAAAAUAUGAAACGUUUAUAGUCGGGACAGUUGCUUUAAAAGCUCAAGGAGACGUCACCAAUCGCCAACCAAUAUCAACUGUUGAAUUAAAAAGAAUGUCUGUAUCACCAAAGUUCAGAAAAAGAGAAAUGGGAAGGAAAUUGCUCGCACAUGCUGUAGAUGAAGCUGCUGCCUUGGGCUUCAAUCGGAUAAUACUAGAUUGCACUGAGAUGCAAAUGCCUGCUAUUUCCAUGUAUCGAACUCAAGGAUUUAUUACCACGAGAAUCAUAAACAAACCCCUAUUAUUUGUGCUUCCUGGUAUAAAUGUGCAUUAUAUGGAAAUGAAAUUGUACAAAUAA